UUCAGUGCCAGUGCCAAGCAGUGUUGAGGACGAUUUCUUCCACAAAAAAAAAAGAAAUGGUGUGCUUGCUGAUUGUGAUUUCAAUAUAAUAAAUAAUAAGAAAAUACAAGUAAUACAACAAUACAAAUUAAAACGAUUUGAUUACAACGAAUAAGAAGAAAAGUGAAGGCCUUUUUUAACUACCGAUUCCUACACGCUGUUAAUUGUUUUAACUAUAGUUUAUAUGUAUAUAUUGUGUGCAUGUGUGAAUUCGAUUGUGAGCGUGUGUGUGUAGAAGUGUGUGUUUGCCUGCGAGUUUCUCAGUUGAUUCGCGAAAUUGAGAAUAGAAAGAUGGUGCUCGCUAAAUUGUAAGCGUGAAAUAAGUGAUAUAUAAAUAUACCAACAAAAAAAAAUACACUCUUUUGGGCAACAAGAAAUCUUCAAUUAAUUGUGGGCAACAACGCAAAUUCAAAAUGCAUCCCUCGCCGCUGCAUUAUUCAACGAUGAGGCCACAGGCGCCGGCGUCUAUGGCAAGAGAUUCAAAAAAGGAUGAACUGCGCUCGGCUCCCUGGUAUUGGGGCAGCAUAUCGCGCGAGCAGGCAAAAAACAAAUUGUUUGGCCAACCGGAUGGAAGUUUUCUAGUGCGCGAUGCGCAAGCAAAGUUCUUCUGGCAAAUUGAUUUAUAUCGAAGUAGACUGUUGGUCUCGUUGGUUAAUUCGUUGCUAAAGAUGAUGUCGUUGUUUCAAUAUUACAGGCGCCUGAAAGGUUUUGGUCUAACCGACGACGAUUUGAAUGUUAUAUUGGAGAAGGGCUUCGACGAGCUGCAGCAGAACUAUGAGAAGGCCUCGAAUCAGCCGCAUCGCAACGAGGCACUGUGGCUGAUCAAGGAAGCCAAGCGACAGGAUGCCGAGGAGAUGCUCAGUGGAGCGCCCACGGGCACAUUCCUGAUACGAGCCCGAGACGCGGGCCACUAUGCGCUAUCCAUAGUCUGCAAAUCGGUUAUACAUCACUGUAUUAUCUAUGAGACGGAGAGCGGGCUGGGCUUUGCGGCGCCCUACAACAUCUAUCCCACGCUAAAGAAGCUGGUCGAGCACUAUGCCACCAACUCGCUGGAGGAGCACAAUGACAAGCUGACCACUGUGUUGCGCAUACCCGUGCGAUAUUGGUUGCAGAACAAGCAGCAGCUAAUGGAGCAGCUGCAGGAGGAGCUGGAGCUGGAACAGGAGCAGGAGCGCUUGGCCCAAGAGGCGGCUCUGAUGCCACCACCGCUGCCACCACAAGCGACGGCAAGCAGCGCACCAAUACCCACAACCAGAUCCAGGGAACAUCGUGGCCAUGAUUCAAUUGAUGCAGCAUUUAGUAUUGAGACGGAAACACCGCCAGCUUCCAUAUCGCCAUCAAAUUUUAGUACAUCGCAAUAGGCAAACACGCACACAAUCUCUCUCACACACACACUCCCACAUACAUGCCCACACAUACGAUCAAUCUCCUCCUCACAGACAUACACACCCACACUGUCCAGGCCAAUGGCUAGGUAACUCUCAUAGAUAUCCAGACCUGCAGCAACGCCCCUUCCCCCCAAAUAUGUAUAUCUCUCUUAACUAUUAUAAUAUUUAAAGAAAAAGUGUCGUUCACACUGUAAAGCGAAAAACAAGUAAUUUGGUGAUUCAUGUUGAUGUUCAAAUAUCUCUGUAUAUAUAUAUAUAUACAUAUAUGC